UCUAAGAGGCUUGGAGGUUACAAACAGAGCAAAAGGGACGACACGAAUGAAAAUGGAUUUGCCUACACUAGACUUCUCCAAGUAUCUCCGCGGUACUCCGUCAGAGAAGCAGCAGCUUGGUGAAGCGCUCAUCAAGAGCUUCGUCAAGCACGGGUUUGUAAAAUUGAUCAAUCAUGGUAUUCCAGAAGACAUAGUGCGCCAGUAUCAAGCCUCGACUAAAGAGCUUUUUGAUCUUAGUCUUGAGGCGAAGAGAGAAUUUGAGAACGAAAAGGGCCCGAAACCGCAGCGGGGAUGGAGCAGCAAGGGAGCCGAGGUGACAGCAAAAUUACGGAAGAAAAACAUCCCGGUCGGUUCAAAUGGAGACGAGCUCAAAGACGAAAGAGAGUUCUUCGAUGCAGGUCCCCCCAGUGAUAAGGAGUUUAUCAACAAAUGGCCCAAAGCACACUUGCCGGACUUCCAGCGUACCAUGGAGGGAUGCUAUAAGCGUCUGCAGGCUGCUAGUCUCCAAAUUCUGAAUGCGAUGGAGGUGGGCCUAAAAAUGCCGAAAGAUUCAUUGACAGAGAGGUGCAAUCCGUCAGCAAGUGAAAUACGACUCAACCACUAUCCCGAGGUCGAUAUGAAGCUGCUAAGCGAGGGCAAAGUAAAGCGGACUCAUGCACACACAGACUUCGGCAUCAUCACCCUUCUGUUCCAGGAUAAUGUCGGCGGACUUGAACUCGAAGACCGGUCACGGCCAGACACAUUCGUUCCUGUGGAGCCUCAACGCCCAGAUGAACCUUCAGCACUGGUGGUGAAUAUCAGCGAUACAUUUGAGAGAUGGUCAAAUGGCACUAUUCGCGCCGGAGUCCACCGCGUUGAUGUUCCACCUUCGAUGAAAGGGCUGGCGAACGGGCUGUGUCCACCACGGUAUUCGAGCGUUUUCUUCUUCAAAGCGGCCAGGGAGACUAGUGUGGGCCCACUACCAUCUUUCGUGACUCCUGAUCGUCCCUCUAUUUAUAAAGAGAUGACGGCAUUGGAGUACCAACGACUGAAAACAGAAGUCCUCUAUUGA